UUUCACUUUCCAUCACAAACAAGUCUCAGGUCCAAAACGUUAAGGGCAAUAUAGUACUCAUAGAACUGAGAAGUCGAACCGGAAUCGAAAACCCUUCUCCCUUCUUUUUCCUUCCACGCCUCUUUCUCUUUGUUUCUCCUCUCCCUCUCUGUCUACCAAAACCCAUCCACCACCACCACCACCACACUCUCUGGUUUUGCAUGAGGAAGAAAAUUGUACGUAUAAUGAGUGAAUCGUUUUCUGAGUCAGCCCGAGUCAGUAAUUUCUUUGUCAUACAUCUCUGCUUCUGUAAUUUUUGAUUUUUUAAUCUUUGAUACUGCAAUUAAUUCUAUCAUUUUGUAUCUUUUUAUUCUAUCAAAUUGAAGUGUAAGAGCUUCAGUUCAAUCAGUUUCUUAAUUUCCCAACUAAAAUUACUUGACCCACAGAGAAACAGAAAGAAAAAAUGGUGAAACAUCACAGCGACAGCGAUGAAGACGAAACAAUCUACUACCGUUACUCCUCCACCGGAACCCCUUCAUCCUCCACCUCAAACCCCCAAUCAAAACCCCAAAAAUCCGGCAGCGGAGGCUUAGCCCCAUCAAAAUCAACCGUAUACGUAUCCAACCUAGAUUACACUUUGACAAACUCCGACUUAUUCACAAUCUUCUCAACAUUCGGCAAAGUAGCCAAAGUUACAGUACUGAAAGACCGUAAUUCAAGACAGAGCCGGGGUGUUGCGUUUGUACUGUUCGUCUCUAAAGAAGAUGCAAAUAAAGCUGUGAAAGAGAUGCAAGGUAAAAUUCUGAAUAAGAGAACUUUGAAUGUGAAGAUUGCUAGUGAUAAUGGAAGAGCAGCAGAGUUUAUUAAGAAGAAGGUGUAUAAAGAUAAGAGUAAGUGUUAUGAAUGUGGUGAAGAUGGGCAUUUGAGUUAUGAAUGUCCUAAGAAUCAAUUGGGGAAUAGAGAGAGACCCGUGCCGAAGAGGGUGAGGGGUGGUGGCGGCGGUGGAGGUGGUGGGAAUGAGUUUUUGAGAUUGGGGAAUGGUGGUGGUGGUGGGGGUGUGGAGGAAGAUGAGGAGGAUUGGGGGAGUGGUGGUGAGAGGUUUGAAGAUGAUAACUGGGCAUCUGUUGUUGAUACUAGAGAUGUUGAGGAGAGAUUAAAGAAAGAGGAAAUGGGGUUAGUGGAGAAGAAAGCUAAGAGAGCAAAGAAAUCGAGUUAUUUUAGUGAUGAAAGUGGUGAUGAUGAUUAGUUCUGAUUGUGGGGGUUGCGAUUCGAAAGCAUUUAAAGAAAUGACAAAUGUAGAUCUAGAGCGGAAGUUAGAAUUGUAAAUUUCUAGGCAUAUGUAGCAGCAGAAGGUAUAAUGUACGAUGGCAAUUCUCUUGAUAAGCAUCCAAUGGUGCCUCUUUAACCUGGAGGAAUAAAAUUUUAUUCUAAAUGUAAAAUGUGUAAGAAUUUUUAUGGUCUGUGCACAAUCUCUCUCCGUAUCGAAUAACAUAGGGAAACCUGCGAAAAAACAAAUAAAGAUGCUCUGAGGCUCUAC